AUGACUGGCACUCUUGCUCCCCACAAAGCUUCGCUCGUGAAAGAUUCUCAUCCGAGUCAGGGGUUGAUCGGCGAGAUCUUCGUUGCUACCCUAUGUGGCAACAGGAAAUCUGCCUGGUUCAGGGACGACACCGACUUGACGGUCAGCAGGCUCAAAUCUGAAUUUUGGAUAUUCAGUGAACGUGGCUUGUACUCGUCAGGUUUUCACGGUGACCGCUCGUUGCGCGCUUGCCGAACUACGCAGCAAAUUCCAACCAGAAAGCGAGUUUUUACGGUCGCGGAAAACCCAAUUGGGUUAUGA